CUUUCCCCAUCGUUAUAUGUGUCGUGAGUGGAACAUUUUAUGACGUCACACGCACGUCACUAUCGUCGGCUGUAGAGACGCUUCGGGCUGUGGUUAAUUGUGAAAAAUCAUUGAUGUAAUCCAUAAUAAUUUUUCUGGUAUUUCAGUCUUUGUUUUCGAAGCACUCAGCUUAUCCGUGUGGUGUAAAUACCGUCUCCCAGCAAAAUAAUUGUUAGUGCAACAGAAGAUGCCUUUCCUUCCAAAAUGGAAAAUGGCGCCCUCCUUGCCAGAUAUGGAAGAUGGUGUCCCAUCCCCAGACCUCGGAGGUUCAGUAGAGAAUUCGGAGAAGUCAAACAAUGAGAUUGGAUACGAGCCUCAGAAGAAGAAACAGCACAGCCGUGGGGCAUCGCACACACCUGCAGGAGCUCCAGAUGAAGCUGGUGACAGAGAAGACGUUCCUGGAUCGUCCAGCUACGAGCCACGCACCGAAUGUGCUGCUGCAGCACCUGGCCUGCAGCAGCACAGUCUCACGGAACAUUCUGCUGCAUCACCUGACCUGCAGCAGCACAGUCUCACGGAACAUUCAGCUGCAGCACCUGACCUGCAGCAGCACAGUCUCACGGAACAUUCUGCUGCAGCACCUGACCUGCAGCAGCACAGUCUCACGGAACAUUCAGCUGCAGCACCUGACCUGCAGCAUUCAGUCUCACGGAACAUACAGCUUCGGGUUCAGCCAAGUAACAGUGGCGCACAGUCGCGCGAAAUGAUAAACAACUGCAGAUCAAAAAGUUCGUGUGCGAAAACAAGAAAACUAAAAACCAACGUUCUUCCUAAACAUCCCGAGACGAAGAAAGUACAAUGCGCGCAGUGUGAAUAUUCAUGUGUUGGAAAACGUCAGUUGAAUCGUCACCUUCUCCAUAAACAACCCACGAAGAGACCAUUUCCUUGCGUCAAGUGUGAAUCAGCAUUUACAAGAAAAAUACGUUUGCAUAAUCACUUUAUCCGUAAGCAUUCCACGGAGAGACCGUUUCACUGCGCGAAGUGUGAAUCAAAAUUUGUCACAAAAUGGGAAUUGAGUCUACACGUUCGCCAUAAGCAUUCAGAAGAGAGGCCUUACCGUUGCACGAAGUGUGAAUAUUCGAGUGCCUCACAAUCAAACUUGAAAAGUCACGUUCGCCAUAAGCAUUCAAAAGAAAGACCUUAUCGCUGCUCGGAGUGUGAAUAUUCGAGUGCCACAAAAGGAAACUUGAAAAGUCACGUUCGCCAUAAGCAUUCAGGAGAAAGACCUCACCGCUGCACGGAGUGCGAAUAUUCGAGUGCCACAAAAGUAAACUUGCAAAGUCACGUUCGCCAAAAGCAUUCAGAAGAGAGACCUUACCGCUGCACGGAGUGUGAAUAUUCGGGUGCCUCACAAUCAAACUUGAAAAGUCACGUUCGCCAUAAGCAUUCAGAAGAGAGACCUUACCGCUGCACGGAGUGUGAAUAUUCGAGUGCCACUAAAGCAAACUUGAAAAGUCACGUUCGCCAUAAGCAUUCAGCACUGAAACCUAUCAAGUGCUCAAUGUGUAAGUUCAGUUGUAAAGACAAAUACAAUAUGAAAAGGCACAUUCUUGAUAUGCAUUUAUCAAAGAGAUAUUAUCAGUGAACCAAGUGCGAUUAUUCUCGAAUAUAUAUGCUCAAAUUACUACUAAAAAGCAUUUGUACCGUCCAAACAUUCGAAAAAGGAACUUCAUCAUUGCUCACUGUGCCAUUACCCAUGUUUCUCUGAACUCCAACUAAAUCAUGCUUUUUCAACAAUCACCCCACGUAGGAGCCUUUCCCGCGCCCGAAAGUUUAAAUAUUCCCUUACCAAUAAUCAUCAUCUCACUCGUACGUUUUCACAGCGAUCAUUUAUCGUGAGAAGUUGAGAACCACGUUACUGCGAGCUCAGUAAAAUCAUUUACUGCAUAUAAAUGAUAUUAUAUAUCAUUUGUUAGCUUUCAUAUGUUUGUGAACACCCAACUCGCCUAUAGACCAACACAUUUAAUUUGGCAGAAAAUUAAAGAACAAGAUUCCAUGUCUCAAAUUAAUCAGUUCCUUUUGAGACUUCUUUUUAGAAUUUGGAUGAAUUACUUUUUAACGACUUUUUAAUCCGUCUUAUACAAGAAAAGAUAAGAUAUUUGCUAACGAAAUCUUACCAAUCUAUGUUAAAGAAAUAAUAUCCUGUUCGCGGAUAUCGCUAUGCAGAUUUACUCCUAAGUGGGGAAAUACGAAAUAUUUGAUGGCAAAUAUGUUGAAGAUUUGAAAUUAUUUUUCCCACCGGCAGCGUUUAUUCACCUAUUAGUAUUGUUGUGUUUUUUUUCUUAAUCUAAUUUUCCAUCAACUGUCGGUGUGGUAGCGUACAUCUACAGUACUGAGUAUAGCAUCAUCCCCAAUAAGUAGUUAAAUAUGAAAGCGCUUGUCGUUAAACUUCGACAUGUUGCGACUGAAUAAUCUGCAAGGACCAGUAUAAUCCAUUCCAUGAUAUCUGUGAUGACAUUGCAAUGUAUAUUAAAUAAUACCUAUUUUUCGCUUAAUACAUUUAUGGUAGCUUAAAAUAUA